AUGCUCGUGUCGGCGCAAGUGUCUUCGACGCAGACGUGGAGCUUCCAGGACCUGCGUGGCCAGGUCGAUGCCAAAGACUCGGACGACCACAAGCUCUUUAAGCGCAGCGUGCGACGGCUCUCGAAGGACCCAGUCCACCUCGACGAAGAGCUCGUGCUGGGCGCAGAGCGUCGCGGCCAGGACCUCUUGGCCGCCAACACGACGCAUCUCGACACGACCCUCGUGUACACGCAUGAAGCGCGCGGCAUCAAGAUUUACGAGCGCCGGACCAACGACGCGGUGCUUCUGCACGGCGCGACGUCCGUCUCGGGCUCGGUCGACAGCAUCAUGGACCUCUUCGACAUGGGCACGACGGACGCGUUCGAAGCUACGAUGCGCCAAGUGCUACCAGGCCUUUUCUACGAAGGCGCUACGAUUGGCGUCGCCGGCGCCACAAACGUCCACUGGAUGUCGCUCUACGGCGAGCAGACGUCGGACUCGGUCCGGCACGACAUGGUGUUUCUGUCGUGCGCCACCCGCUACGAGACGCUGCGAGGCGCCGCCGUUCCGACGAGCGACGUCGUCUCCGCCGUGACCCACGGCUCGCUCGUAUGGCACUCGGUGCCGUCCAAAAACUUUUUGCCCUUCAAGGCGCGCCACACACAGUGCUAUCGGCGGUACAUCUCGCGCUCCGGCUUCACGGUCGAAAGCUCCGACCUCGACGAAAACGUCUGCCGCGUCACGUUUACGCUCGAGCUCACGCAGGUGGACCCGAGCAACGUGCCGCUGCGGCACUGGAUGGAGCACGCAGUCGUGACGGCGCUCUCGAACCUCACAACGCAGUGCCGGUCUGUGAACCUCAAGCUCGUGCCGCGGUCGCGCUGGACCCAAGAGAGCAAGUGCCACCUCUGCAAGAAAGGUUUCAACCUCUUCCACUUGCUUCGUCGCCGACACCAUUGCCGUCUCUGUGGCCACUCGAUUUGCAACGAGUGCUCGACGUUCGUGACAAUCGAGUCGGAGGGCAUGGCGCAAAAGUCGACGCGUCUCGACUCGACACGCAGCUGCCUUCUCUGCGCCUUCACCGAGACGCCCAAGCCACACAAAGAGCACGCUGCUAUUGUCGAGGACCGCGGGAGCCUGGCGACGACGAGUCGCAGUAGCAACGAAGACCACCGGCCGUCGCGCUACGAUCUUGGGCGCAAGAGCAGUCACCCGCACAUGUCGUCGUCCGUGUCGUCGUCCCCGCGCAUGAGCUUCCGGCGAUCGAUGAUUCAGAUGCC